GCCCUUGCUCAGCUCGAACGUCGCCUUGCAGUACAAUUUCUAUUUCGGUACACGCUCUCCUGCGUCGACUCUCUACCGACGGGGGAAAUUCUGGCGUGUGCAUUUCGUCUUCCGGGCUCCUCAUCUUCUUCUAUCGCCUUGUAAUAUCUCUUCGACCGCCGCUCGUUUUACGUGGUCAAGCUCCGCAGCCACACACCACCAGGCCACCUCAGCCCCCACCGCGACUCGACCGCCGCCCAUUGCGGACUUGAUUCUUCGCGCAACGUGUCCCGGCCUGCGUGCGACAACUGAAUAAGGACCAGGGAGACAGCGCUGCAGACUCCACAUCAUGGCGUCCAACGCGCAAGCAACGGGCGCAGACCCCAGAGCGGAGGAGCUGCGGAGAAGAAACGUAGCUGGUCAGCCAGCUGCCACACCGCAGGUGGCACAGGCCCCAUCGGCAGAGAAGUCAAAGGAAAAGCCUUUCAGCGUUAUCGGCUUCCUCGACGACUACGAAUUCCUAUGGGCCCCGUUGCUCUUCACGGCCCUCGCUUUCUUCACACGCAUGUGGAAGAUUGGCCUCUCGCCGAUUGUCACUUGGGAUGAAGCCCAUUUCGGAAAGUUUGGCUCCCACUACCUCAAGCGCGAAUUCUACUUCGAUGUCCACCCUCCGCUAGGGAAAAUGCUCGUCGGUCUCUCUGGGUACCUCGCAGGAUACAAUGGCUCGUUUGAGUUCAAAUCGGGAGAAACGUACCCUCCGGAGCUCAACUACACCUUCAUGCGCCUCUUCAACGCUGUGUUUGGCGCUGUCUGCGUCCCGUUGGCAUACUUCACCGCGAAGGAGCUCAACUUCCGGAGACCGACCGUAUGGCUCGUUACGCUCAUGGUCUUGUUCGAGAACUCGUACACCACCAUCAGCCGCUUCAUCCUGCUCGACUCAAUGCUGCUGUGCUUCACUUUCACCACCGUCUUCUGCUGGUCCAAGUUCCACCGUUACCAAAGGGAUCCAUUCUCGCCAGAAUGGGGUCUGUGGCUGAUGCUCCUUGGUGUAUCCAUUGGCUGUGUUUGCAGCGUCAAGUGGGUUGGUUUCUUCGUCACUGCAUUAGUUGGAUUGUACACAAUUGAAGACCUCUGGAACAAGUUUGGCGACCUGAAGAUGCCCAAGGUUGAGCUGGCCACGCAUCUCGCUUUCCGCGUCUUUGGUCUCAUUCUCAUUCCUCUGGCUGUGUACAUGUUCUCUUUCUACCUGCACUUCAUCAUCCUCGAGAACAGUGGCCCAGGCGAUGCUCAGAUGAGCUCCCUCUUUCAGGCCAACUUGCGCGGCACCGAGGUUGGAAAAGACAGCCCUCUCGAAGUCGCUUACGGGUCGCGUGCUACCUUGAAGAACAUGGGAUACGGCGGAGGCCUGCUUCACUCUCACCACCAAACUUACCCGGAGGGCUCCAACCAACAGCAAAUUACCUGCUACCACCACAAGGACUCCAACAACGACUGGUUUUUCUACCCCAACCGUCACGAGGCUGAUUACUCGCCCGAGGAAGCGCUUCGCUACCCUGGAAACGGCGACGUAAUUCGUUUGAUCCACGCUCAGACUGGUCGUAACCUGCACUCCCACAACAUUCCUGCUCCCGUGACCAAGGCCGACUGGGAAGUUUCUUGCUACGGUAACACGACGGUUGGCGACACCAAAGACCACUGGAAGAUUGAGGUUGUCCGUGACGCAGCCUCGCGGGACUACUCCAAAAUUCGAACCCUGACCACCGCUUUCCGCUUGAAGCACGUCGACCUCAACUGCUACUUGCGCGCGGGCAACGUGAACCUGCCGCAGUGGGGUUUCAAGCAGAUCGAAACCACCUGCGUCAAGGAGAACAAGCCCCGUGAUGUCUAUACCCACUGGAACGUCGAAAGCCACUGGAACGAGAAGCUGCCAAACGGCAACCCUGAUUCCUACAGGUCUCCUUUCCUUCAAGAUUUCAUUCAUCUCAACGUUGCCAUGAUGACGUCCAACAACGCACUGGUACCUGACCCAGACAAGCAGGAUGAUCUUGCUUCCAAGUUCUGGCAGUGGCCCUUCCUGCACGUCGGUCUUCGUAUGUGCGGAUGGAACGAUGACAUCGUCAAAUACUUCCUCCUCGGCAAUCCCAUUGUCUACUGGGGCUCCACGGCCUCCCUCGGGGUCUUCGCCCUUCUGGUUGCUUUCUACCUCAUCCGCUGGCAACGCGGAUACGACGACCUCAAGUCUGCCGAGAUCGACCAGAUUCACUACGCUGGUCUCUACCCUGUCAUCGGCUGGUUCCUGCAUUACCUUCCCUUCGUCGCCAUGGGUCGUGUCACUUAUGUCCACCACUACUACCCCGCUUUGUACUUUGCCAUCCUGACUUCGGGCUUCUGCAUCGACUUUGCGACCCGCAAGCUGAACAAGCAGGUCAGCUGGGUGCUGUAUGGCGCUCUCUACAUUGCCAUCAUUGGGCUCUUCUGGCUAUUCAGGGCUAUCUCGUUUGGUAUGGAGGGACCGAGCAAGCAGUGGAGCCAUCUUAAGUGGUUCGAGAGCUGGAGGAUUACGGACUAAGGAACUGCAAUCUGAUGGGCAUGUCUCGAUUUUUACGGAUGCGCGAAGGAGAAGGAUCGCGUAAAGGAUUUUACUAGAUAACCGCGUGCCUGGCGGCUUCGCUGGGUAGAGGAAGCGGCUUCCGACAUGUAUUAUCUCCACUUCUUUUGUCAUGUAGGGCUGGUUGGGCGCUGUUGGGUUGGAAUGGGUUGGGAGGUAAAAGAUUAUGAAUGUGAUUUAGUAUGUUGUCGAAUUUGUGCAUUGCUGAGUGAGAUUCUGUAAUGGAUCUUGGUUGAACUGAGG